CUUCUUUUUUUUCUUCUUCCUCCUUCUGUCCUUUUCUCACUUUUAUUGCUUUUCACUUCUUUCUUUCUUCCUUUCCUCCUCUCCUUCUCUCCCUUCUUCCUUUCUUUCUUUCCUCAUUCUUUUCUCCUUCCCUUCUUCUUUCCUCUUCUAUUCCCUUUCCUCCUCCUCCUCCUCCUCCUCCGCAUCUCCUUCCUUCCCUCCUUUCCUCCUUCCCUCCUUCUCUCCUUCUCUCCUUCUCUCCUUCCCUAGAUAGAGAGUGGUGUCAGUAAUGCUUGUUUGUUUGUUUGUUUGUGUGUUUGUUAAUCAUCUCCCGUUUUCUGUUACACAAUUCGCAGUGUCGGUAAAGAAAACGAGAUAAUAAGAGAGAAAGUGAGAAAACAGAGAUAGUUCACAAUGACGUCACUGCUAAGAACACAUGUGUACAUCGAAACGUGAGUGUGUGUACGUAUGUGUGUGUGCGUGUGUGCGUGCCCGCGAGAGGUCAUCAGGUACGCCGGGUAGGCUGACCAAGGCGCGGCUUCUGGCCAGACGAACGAACAAACAGAUACACGCACGCUGCCUCUCUACCCCACGCCCGCACGCCCGCACGCCCGCACAUUGCCAGGGUGUUCCAGUGCCCCACGCCCACAGGAACACCCGCUUACGCCUUCAGGAACGCCAUUCACGCCCACCCACAAGCAGUCCACGCCUCGCCGCCCACCUCACCCACGCCGCCCACGCCGUCCACCCCCCCAGACGCGCCACGGACAAGGGAGGUGAUAAAUAAACGAGGAAUAUUUCUUUUUCUCCUUCUCCUCCUUUUCUUCCUUCUCUUUCAUUUCUUUUCUGUCCCUCUUUUCCUUUUUUUUUUAAUUUUCUUCUUCCUAUUUUUUCUUCUUCCUAUUUUUCUUCAUUUUUCUCUUCCUUUUUUUCUCUCGUUUUCCUUCCUUUCCCUCUUCCUUUUCUCAUUUAAAUAUCUCUCCUCUUCUUUGUCUUUUUGAACGUCUCUCUCUCUCUCUCUCUCUCUCUCUCUCUCUCUCUCUCUCUCUCUCUCUCUCUCUCUCUCUCUCUCUCUCUCUCUCUCCUACUUCUAUCAUUUAAACCUCUCUCUCAAUUCUUCCUAUCUUAUUUUAUUAUUUUCUUCCUCUUCGUUCCUUUCUUCCUUCCCUUCCCAUCCCUUCCCUCCUUAGCUAUCAUCUCCCUUCCCCUUCCCUUCCCUUCUUACUUCCUUCCUAUCUUCCUUUUUCUGUUUCUCUCCUUUCUUACCAACUUUCUAUAUCACCCUUCUAUUUCCCCCUAUCUUCUUUCCUUUCUUCCUUUCCCUUUUAGCUAUCGUUCUUAUCCUUCUCUUCUACACCACAUUUCUUCCGCCUUUCCUCCCUCUCUCCCUUCCUCCCCUCACCAUGGCUGGGUUCCUCCUCUCGUCAGCCUCCACAGCAGCCUCCGUUGCCUCCGCUACUGUCUGGUUCCUCCCCGCCCUUCUCGCUGCAAUUGCUUACUACAAGUACGAUGAGAUUGAUCCAGAGUCCCGCCCCAUCAACCAGCGGAGACUGUUCAGAGAGUACGACUUUGUGAUUGUGGGCGCUGGAUCUGCAGGUGCUGUGAUAGCCAACCGUCUGUCUGAGAACCCAUCAUGGCGUGUGCUGCUGCUGGAGGCUGGCGGGGACGAAACGGAGAUCAGUGAUGUCCCCGCGCUGGCCGGAUACCUCCAGCUCUCCAAGAUGGACUGGAGAUACAAAACAGAGCCACAGGACUCCGCUUGUCUUGCCAUGGCCGGCAGGAGGUGCAACUGGCCGCGAGGGAGGGAUGGGGGGUCCUCUGUCCUCAACUACAUGCUCUACGUGCGAGGCAACAAGCGGGACUACGACCAGUGGGAGGCAUUGGGCAACCCUGGCUGGGGGUACAAUCAUGUGCUGCACUACUUCAAGAAAUCUGAGGACAACAGGAACCCCUACAUUGCUAAUAAUGUCCACUACCACAGCACAGGGGGCUAUCUGACGGUUGCAGAGGCCCCAUGGAGGACGCCCCUCGCCACUGCCUUCAUCGAGGCUGGUGUGGAGAUGGGAUAUGAGAACCGGGACUAUAAUGCUGAAUUCCAGACAGGCUUCAUGAUCCCACAAGGCACACUGCGUCGAGGCUCCCGCUGCUCCACCAGUAAGGCCUUCAUCAGACCAGUCAGGCUCAGGCCCAACCUCCACGUGGCCAUGCAUGCCUUUGUCACUCAGGUGGUGGUGGACCCUUAUUCACGGCGGGCCCAAGGGGUGAAGUUCCUGAGGGCGGGGCACAACCAGGUGGUGUAUGCACGCAAGGAGGUGGUGCUGAGUGCUGGUGCCAUCAACUCCCCACAACUGCUGAUGCUGAGUGGCCUGGGACCCAAGGAGCAGCUGGCACCUUUGGGAAUCCCAGUGCUGCAGGAUCUUCCCGUAGGACACAACCUGCAGGACCACAUAGGGACAGGAGGUCUUGUGUUUCUCAUUGACAAGAAGGUCUCUCUGGUACAGACGCGAUAUGAGAAUCUCCCUUCAGUGCUGAAAUAUGCUAUGUUUGGGUCAGGUCCUCUCACAGUCCUGGGGGGAGUUGAGGGCCUGGCGUUUGUCAAGACCAAGUUCGCCAACUACAGUGAUGACUGGCCAGAUAUUGAGUUCCAUUUCAUCUCUGGCUCUCCCGCGUCAGACGGCGGCAGGCAGAUACGGAAAGUGCACGGCCUCUCUGACAGGACGUGGGACCAGAUGUUUAAGCCGAUCGCCUUCCGAGACAGCUGGUCCGUGUACCCCAUGCUGCUGAGGCCCAAGUCACGCGGCUACAUCACCCUGAGGUCAUCCAGCCCCUUCGACAAGCCCUACAUCACCCACAACUACCUCACCCACCCACAAGACAUCAAGGUCAUGGUGGAAGGCAUCAAGAUUGGCCUGGCGCUGACGGAGACACGCGCCUUCAAGAAUUUUGGGUCCCGUUUCUACACACGUCCCAUGCCCGGCUGUGAGCACGCUGCCCUGUGGACCGACGCCUAUUGGGAGUGUCUGGCGCGUCACUACACCUCCACCAUCUACCACCCCGUCGGCACCUGCAAAAUGGGGCCCUACUGGGAUUCUGGAGCUGUAGUAGAUCCCGAGCUGAAAGUGUACGGCGUCUCUGGCUUACGAGUCGCGGAUGCUUCCAUCAUGCCCACGCUGGUCUCGGGAAACACCAAUGCACCGGUUAUCAUGAUUGGGGAGAAGGCUGCCGACCUCAUCAAGGAGUACUGGGUUGGCAGAUGAUGAAGGGAGUGUGUUAGUGUCCCAACUGUUCUCUGCCUUCCUGCGUCACCCUUUGCUAACCUUCGGAGAGCAUGAAAAAUAGGUUUACAUAAGGAAGAAGAGUUGAAUAGAGGUUUGGCAGGUGAUGGAGUGUCUUAGUGUGCUGCCUGUUCUUCUCUGCCUGUGUCACCCUUUGCUAACUUUAAGAGUGCUGUAAGAAAAAUCGGUUUACAUUCAGAGUGCAAGGAAAUGAAUUUGCAUGAGGAAAGAGGAGAGUUUAAGUAGGAGAUGACAGAUAUUUGGGUGUGUUAGUGUGCUACCCUGUCUCCUCCCAUCAUCCUUUGCUAGUGUUAAGAAAAUGGCUUUGCAUGAGAUAGGAGUGUAAUGGAAGGUAAUUAUGUAAUAUAGGAAAAUGAAAGAAGGCAGGCAAAGGCAUGAACAGAGACAUGGGAAAGAAAAAUGGCCAAAGUGGCAUUGACAAGACAGAGUAACAGAAAUAGAUAAGAUAAAUAUUAGAAAAAUAAGAAGCACAGUAAAGAAUCCUUCACCACUAACAACAACAAGCUUCAGAUGGAUAACAAACGACAGAAGAAUAAAAGUAAGCACAACCAGAUCCAUUGAGCUUUAUAGAGUAACAAAAAUAGAUCAGAUAAACAGUGGAGGAAUAAGGAGAAGCAUUAAUGUCACCAAGGUCCCUCUAGCACCCACAACAACCGAACCUGAGAUACCCAGACACUAAGGCUUCACAUCAAGUAGGAAAAUUGUGCCCAAGAAUUCAAGACAAGACUACCACAACUGAAUAUCUCUCAUACAAACCUUCUUAAGUAAAUCAUCACUGCAUCUUCGAAUCUCUACCACUUAGAAUACAAGUGGACAAGGGCGUGGAGUAUGCUACGGUGGUCCACGAGCCUUGUUUUCCACCAGGGGUCAGUGAUGAGAGUGUAUGCACGUGUGUGUGUGUGUGUGGUGCCUUGUCUGGGCUGCCCUGUGUGGGGUUGCCAGCCUGGUGUUUAGAUAGUAUUGUUGUGUUCUGUUGAUGUGUGUGUAAAAUGAUGCAAUGUUUGGUGUUUUGAGUUUGGGUUAAGAGUUGGAAGAUGAAAGGAUUAGACCAUGUGUUGCGUGUGUUACUGUGUUCUUGUUGUUGUUGUUGUUGUUGCUGUUGUUGGUUUUGUUGAAGAUUUUUUGAGCUGUUGUAUGGACUGUGUGUGUGUGUGUGCGUGUUUGCUUGUUUGAUAUAAGAAUUACUGGCAUUAUCUUUUUUUUUUUGUUUUAGAAUUACUUAAUCUAGAUAAGAAUUUUUUUUUCAGUUAUUUAUUGUGCUUUUUUUUUAUGAAGUAGAAUUAAAUAAUUUUACAGCAUCACAAUUACUGAGGUGAAGUGUGUCUUUGUAUUUUUGUCCCCUUCCUUAUGUCAUGUGUAAUUAAUAAUGUAACUGUGUGUGUGUGUGUGUGUGUGUGUGUGUGUGUGUGUGUGUGUGUGUGUGUGUGUGUGUGUGUGUGUGUGUGUGUGUGUGUGUGUAAGUCACAGACAAAUGCCAAAAGACUUGCUCAAAAAAAAAAAAAAUGGAGGAAAGUUUGGAGGGGAAAAAUGACUCUUGGGAGGAAAAAAGUAGAGAGGAAAGAUUUCAUUGAAGGUAGAAAUAAAUUGAUCUCUUGUUUUGCUGUUUUUCCCUAUAUUGUAUUCAUUAUAUUUUCUUCCCGUUCCUUUCGUUCAUAUUCCACCUCUUCCCUCCACCUUUCUUUCUCCUCCUCCUCCACGUCUUCCCUCCAACCAGCCUGUCUUCUUUCCUCCUCCCUUCCUUCCUCCAAAUCCACUUCUCUUCACCUCUUAUCUCUUCUUCCCUCCUCCCUUCUCUCCACAUCUCUUCACCUGUCCAUCACUUCCUUCCCUUCCUUCCUUCAAAUUUACUUCCCUCCACUUCCCCAUCUCUUCUCCAUCCUUUCCUUUUCCUCUUCCCUUCCCAUCAUUCUUUCAAAUCCACUUCCCUUUCUCCCUUCCACUUCGCUUCAAAUUCCUCCUCAUCUUCCCUCCACCUCCCUUCACCACCCAGCCCAGUGAGUCCCCAGAUAGACAUAAGGGUGAUUCUUUUGAUUGACUCACCUGUUCAUCAACUCUGAGAUAAUAUUUAAGUGCCAUUGUUGUAAAAGGUGUUGGAACUCUCUCUCUCUCUCUCUCUCUCUCUCUCUCUCUCUCUCUCUCUCUCUCUCUCUCUCUCUCUCUCUCUCUCUCUGAAGUGUAAUAGAGAAAGUAUGAAAGCAUAUUAGAGAUUUCUAGUGUGUUAUGUUUUGUUAUUAAGUUUUGUUAAGUUUCUUACUCGUGUGUUUUUUUUAUUUUUUUUUAUUUCUACUACUACUACUACCACCACCACCACCAUUGCUACCCAGCCUCACACCUUUCUCACCUGUCCUCCUCCUCCUGUGUUACUUUUACCCUAAGCCAAGGUAGGCUACAGGUGUGGAAGACUUGAGUUGCCACCACUGUGCUGUGUUGCCUUGACAGUUGUGCUGCUGGUGGUGACAGUGUUGUGUGUCGGUGUUGUCUCGUUAAAUGUUUUGUUGUAACUGCCUUUUUUAUUUUCUCUAAUUAAACGUGACAUUACCUG